AUGGGGCACGGUGAUACAAGUGGGAGACCUAGCAAGAAGCACGAGCCAUCAGGCAAGGAGGACUAUAAAGCUGCAGCUUUUGAAGAGGAGGGUGCAUAUUAUGUUGAAGAAUUUGGUGAGGAUGAUCCUUAUGGUGAUGGAGAAGGAAAUAAGAGAGAUUUUACCAAAUUGGAACUUAAAGCAGAUCAUGUGAAUCGGCCAUUAUGGGCUUGUGCUGAUGGCCGGAUCUUUCUAGAAACCUUCUCUCCAUUGUAUAAACAAACUUAUGAUUUUCUAAUUGCAAUUGCAGAACCUGUCUGCAGGCCAGAGUCGAUGCAUGAGUACAACCUGACUCCACACUCACUUUAUGCAGCUGUGUCAGUGGGUCUAGAAACUGAAACCAUAUUAGCUGUGUUGAACAAGCUUUCAAAGACCAAGCUCCCUAAAGAGAUGAUUGAUUUCAUUCAUGCUUCAACAUCCAAUUAUGGAAAAGUAUUGAAGAGAUUAUUAAGUGAUGAAGUCAUAUCUCGAGCGAGGAUUUCAAACGAGGUUGACGAUGGGUUUGCUGUUAGUAGAUCAGUAGGUGAAGUUGAUGGUAGACAUGAGGAACUGCUAACAGAAGCACAGCUGGCAGCUGCAGCUGAAGAAAAAGAAGCUCAUUCAUUUGAAAUUGAUCCCGCUCAGGUUGAAAAUGUAAAGCAGAGGUGCUUGCCAAAUGCUUUAAACUAUCCCAUGUUGGAGGAGUAUGAUUUUCGCAAUGAUACUAUAAAUCCGGAUAUUGAGAUGGAAUUAAAGCCUCAAGCACAACCACGACCUUAUCAAGAGAAGAGUCUUAGUAAGAUGUUUGGAAAUGGAAGAGCAAGGUCUGGGAUCAUUGUGUUACCUUGUGGUGCUGGAAAGUCUUUAGUGGGGGUUUCUGCAGCCUGCAGGAUUAAAAAGAGCUGUCUCUGUUUAGCAACAAAUGCUGUUUCUGUUGACCAAUGGGCUUUUCAAUUCAAGUUAUGGUCAAACAUUCGUGAUGAAAAUAUAUGUCGCUUUACAUCGGAUAGUAAAGAAAGGAUUUGUGGAAAUGCUGGAGUUGUUGUCACCACAUACAACAUGCUUGCUUUUGGUGGUAAAAGAUCCCAAGACUCUGAAAAAAUCAUUGAAGAAAUAAGAAAUAGAGAAUGGGGUUUGCUACUCAUGGACGAGGUGCACGUGGUACCUGCGCAUAUGUUUCGUAAAGUUAUUAGCAUCACUAAAUCUCACUGCAAGCUUGGGCUUACUGCUACACUUGUUAGAGAGGAUGAAAGGAUUACGGAUUUGAAUUUUCUUAUUGGUCCGAAAUUAUACGAGGCAGAUUGGUUGGAUUUGGUUAAAGGAGGAUUCAUUGCGAAUGUGCAAUGUGCUGAAGUGUGGUGUCCAAUGACAAAAGAAUUUUUUGCUGAAUAUCUAAAACAGGAAAAUUCCAAGAAGAAACAGGCUUUAUAUGUGAUGAACCCUAACAAGUUUAGGGCUUGUGAGUUUCUUAUUUGGUUCCAUGAGGAACGUGAUGAUAAGGUUAUUGUUUUUGCUGACAAUCUUUUUGCACUCACGGAGUAUGCAACGAAGCUUCGUAAACCAAUGAUUUAUGGUGCCACAAGCCAUAUUGAAAGGACAAAGAUACUGGAUGAAUUCAAAACCGGCAAGAAAGUCAACACUGUAUUCCUGUCAAAGGUGGGAGAUAAUUCAAUAGAUAUUCCGGAAGCAAAUGUCGUUAUUCAAAUUUCAUCACAUGCUGGUUCCAGACGUCAGGAAGCCCAACGUCUUGGCCGUAUUCUCAGGGCUAAGGGUCGUGUGCAGGAUAGAAUGGCAGGUGGAAAAGAGGAAUAUAAUGCCUUCUUCUACUCCCUAGUAUCUACAGAUACACAGGAAAUGUACUACUCAACUAAGCGGCAGCAAUUUUUGAUCGAUCAAGGUUAUAGUUUUAAGGUGAUAACAAGUCUGCCUCCACCAGACAGUAAGGCAGAGUUGAGCUAUGAUUGUGUCAAGGACCAAGUUUCUCUUCUUAACAAGGUGUUAAGUGCUGGGGAUGAUAAGUUAGGCUUGGAAGAUGAUACAGAUGACAUUGCACGACAAAAGCAUAUGAUGGGGUCCAUGAGUGCCAUGUCAGGAGCUAAAGGAAAUAUCUAUCAUGAGUUCAGGUGUGGACAAAAGGGAGGUUUUGCAAAGUGCAAGCCUAAGGAUCCAGCAAUGAGACAUCAACUAUUUAAGAAACGUUUUGGAUGAACAGAUCAUCACUUGUUUUGUUGUUUUGAAUGCAAAAUUAAAGCAAAGCCAAAUGAUUCCAUAUAUGGCCUACAAACAAACAUGUUGAGAG